AUGGAAACACGACAUCACGAAUACGCAGAAGCAAAAUGGUUUUUGUCCAAGAUUCAGGAAGAAUUUAGAGGUGGAAAAAUCGGUGUUGAAAAUACUCACAAGUUGCUUGAAAAAUUUGAUAUUCCUUGCAACUUUGCUCACGUGAAACAAAUUUUUAAGGAAAAUGACAGACAGAAACAAGGAAAAAUCACCAUAGAAGAAUUUAGAGCCAUUUAUCGGUGUAUUACCCACAGAGAAGAAAUUAUUGAGAUUUUCAACACGUAUUCUAAAAACCGGAAGUUUCUUUCAGAAAACAAUCUGACUGAGUUUUUAACCCAAGAGCAGUAUGAACUGGAGAUAAAUUACUCUGCUUCAACAGAGAUCAUCAAAAAGUAUGAGCCUAUUGAUGAAAUGAAGAAUGAAGGACAGAUGUCAUUUGAAGGUUUUGCAAGAUACAUAUUUUCACCAGAAUGUCUGCUAUUUAAAGACAAGUGUAAAAGAGUGUACCAAGAUAUGAAUCAGCCAUUAAAAGAUUAUUUUAUUUCAUCUUCUCACAACACGUAUUUGGUAUCUGAUCAAUUAAUCGGACCAAGUGACAUUUGGGGAUAUGUAAGUGCCCUUGUGAAAGGCUGCCGCUGUCUGGAAAUUGACUGCUGGGAUGGGGCAGAGAAUGAGCCUGUUGUUUAUCACGGUUACACCCUCACCAGCAAGCUUCUCUUCAAAACUGUCAUCCAAGCAAUAAACAAGUACGCCUUCAUGUCAUCUGAGUACCCGGUAGUGCUGUCCUUGGAGAACCACUGUUCCCCUAGCCAGCAGGAAGUAAUGGCUGACAUUCUGCAGAGUACCUUUGGAGACUUCCUGCUCUCUGACAUGCUUGAUGAGUUUCCAGAUACACUGCCAUCUCCAGAGGCACUAAAAUUCAAAAUAUUAGUGAAAAAUAAGAAAAUUGGAACCUUACAGGAAACCCGUGAGAGGAAAGGGGCUGACAAACAGGGCCAGGUGAUAGAGUACGAGGAAGAUGUCUAUGAUGAGGACAAUGAAGAGCCACUAAAAGAAGGAGAAACACGAAACAUCUUUUUGUCAAUGGUCCAGCAGGAAAUGGAGAGAGAUUCCUUAAUGCUGACCAGAGGAGCAUUUGCCAAGAGGAGGACCAGGAAGCUAAAAAUAGCUCUGGCCUUAUCUGAUCUUGUCAUUUAUACUAAAGCUGAGAAGUUCCGAAGCUUACGAUAUUCAAGACGUUAUCAGCAAUUUAAUGAGAAUAAUUCUAUUGGGGAAUCUCAAGCUCGAAAACUUUCAAAAUUAAGAGCCCAUGAAUUAAUCUUCCAUACCAAGUCAUUCAUCACCAGAGUUUACCCCAAAAUGAUCAGAGCAGACUCUUCUAAUUUUAACCCUCAAGAGUUUUGGAAUGUAGGCUGUCAGAUGGUGGCCUUGAAUUUCCAAACCCCUGGACUGCCUAUGGACUUGCAGAAUGGGAAAUUUUUGGAUAACGGAGGCUCUGGGUAUCUUUUGAAGCCAGACUUCCUAAGAGAUGCAACCUUGAGCUUUAACCCAAGAGAAGCAAUAGGAGAUGGCCACCCGAUUACCCUCACAAUACGACUCAUCAGUGGAAUCCAAUUGCCCAUUAGCUUGUCCUCUAGCAAGACCGAUGCAUUAGUGAUCAUAGAGGUCCAUGGCGUUCCAAAUGACCACACGAAGCAGCAGACUCGUGUUGUUAAGAAUAAUGCUUUCAGUCCACGGUGGAAUGAAACGUUUACAUUUACUGUUCAAGUGCCAGAACUGGCGUUGAUACGUUUUGUUGUUGAAAAUCAAGGCUUUAUAACAGGAAAUGAAUUUCUCGGGCAGUACACUUUACCACUUCUUUGCAUGAACAAAGGUUAUCGUCGUGUUCCUCUAUUUUCCAAAGCGGGUGAGAACCUUGAGCCUUCUUCACUCUUUGUUUACGUUUGGUACAUCGAGAGUGACUAA